AUGGCUUCAAAGGAGAUAGUAAUUAAUUCAGUCCUAGUCUUGAGGGUCAUCACUCUUUUGGCGCUGGCUGCCUCAGUUGUGCUUUUGGUUCUUAACAAUUGCAAGCUCAGUGAUGGCGCUAAAAUAUUCUUUGCUGAUCUCCAUGCUUACUGGUAUGCUGUGGCUGUGGCAGGCGUCGGCUUCAUCUACACACUCAUUCAGCUUCCCUUUGCAGUAUAUCACGUUAGCACAGAGAAGAGGUGGAUUCGCAACGGCUGUCUGCCGGAGUUUGAUUUCUACGGCGAUAAGGUCAUCAGCUUCCUUUUGGCAAGUGGAGUUGGAGUGGGAUUUGGUGUUACCUUCGAGCUUAAAAGAUACUUCGAUGUAGUUUCUGUUGUUGCUGUAGCGUUAGGUGCCAAUGCCGCAGAGGUAGAUGAAGAGAGAUCAAAAGCAUCCCAUUUCCUUGAUAGGGAGAACAUUGCCACUGGUAUUCUACUUGUAGGAUUUGUUACUAUGGCCAUAACCUCGAUUCUCACAUCAAUCAUGAAGUCAGCAAGUACUAAAGGAGGAGGAGGAUUUUUUCGAUGA